GUUUUCAGUUAGUACCGAAAGGCCUUACAGAUCAAGCAUGUCGUCCAACAAUGACAGUUGCAACUCAGAUGAGUUAGAAGCUCCACAAUGGCUGAGCGCGCAAUUCUUCACGGAAGUGUUAGAUGGUUAUCUGAAGGAACCAGGACUAAAAGUACACAAAAUUAAACUAUCCCCGGCGAGUGCCAAGGGAGAUCACUAUGCCAGUGUCAUGUUCCGAGCUGCCGUUGAGUAUACAACGCAAAAAAUUGGAAAAUCCACGAUUUCGCUUAUCAUCAAAACAAUGCCGGAACAGGAGGGUCACAAAAAGCAAUUGCUAGAUAAUUCUCAUAUCUUUAAGACAGAGAUUGCCAUGUACACGGAAAUAUUGCCCAAGUUCGAGGCUAUACUCAGAGAGGUGGGUGAUGAAACAACAUUCUGUGUACCCUGCAUUUAUCACAGCUUGCAGCCACGUCAGGUAAUGAUUUUUGAGGAUUUGGUAACCAAGGGUUACGUCGUCAUUCGCAAUAGAUCGGCCAGCAUAGAGGAGCUCAAAUCUGGCCUGGAGAAGCUAGCCAAGUGGCAUGCAGUAAGCCACAAGUUGUUGUUGGAUCAACCCGAACUAUUUGAAAAGUUACAAUAUGAUAUAACCACAUUGCCGAACUUUUUAGAGCAGGAUUUUAUGUUCACAUCCCUGCCAAACUUUAUUGACAUGCUUGGAAAUGUAGAAAGCUUAAAACCCUAUCAAAAAUACUUUGAGUCGAUGCGCGGAAAGUUAAAUAAUCGCUGGAUCGACAUAAUACGAGAAUUCAGAGAAAAUCGUCAACAAAAUGGAUACUACGUGCUCUGUCACGGAGACUUUCACCUUCGAAACAUGAUGUUCAAGGGCCUGGACUGCAUGCUCCUUGACUUUCAGAUGUCAUACGUGGGAUCCAUGGCCAAUGAUAUCAUUUAUGCCAUUUACAUGCUCUUUGGAUCCGACAAGCUCGGAGAACAAAGUAAUGAACUCAUCUACCACUACUUUAAAACCUUUUUAGAAACACUCGAAAAUAUUGGAUUCGUGGGAAAGAUACCAAGUCUGAUAGAGUUUAGACGACAGCUGUUUGAUAAAAGAUAUAAUGACUUCUUUCUGCUCACCACGUUUCUUCCUGCCAUAAUUUAUAUGCGAAAUGGAGAAGACGUUGCAGACAUUGUAGAGGAUACGCAACAAAUGAGUCAAUUGUGUUAUCAGAAAGAUUUGCUAAAGGAAUUGGAAUAUAUUUUACCCAGAAUGCUGCAUCUAGGUUACUUUGAGCAUCUAUAAAAUUCCAUUGUAAAUAAGCUGUUUGGAUGCUUGCAUAACUAUAUAUAUACACAUAUAAUUAGCAUACCUUUUAGUAAUUUUUGUAGCUGAUUCAGUGAGUGUUGUAAUUGCUGCUGAGUUGCAUCUUAAUGAGAAUUAGGCUAUAGAGUUCAGACAAAUGCUCAAUUAGUAUCGAGAAUCACAA